AUGAAUGUGAGGGAGAAUGCUACCAGAUCACUCAGGACUCUGCCAGAGUACAUGCAGGCCUCCCACUGCCCUUUGUCAGUACAGGUCACCAAUAUGCAGGACUGGACCCACCAGUCAGAGCAGUGGCGUCAAAGCAGCACAGUGACACUGCAGGGCGGCUGCAAGAAAAUUCCAUUUGCACACUUGAAUGCUGAGGACUUGUAUCUAAAACAGGGCCUUGCUACCCUGUCUGCAAAAGUGGCCUCUGAGAAAGGUUCUGCGACAGAGUCAACCAAAAGCACCACUCAUCAUCAUGAGUCAUCAUCAAACGGAUGUUCCUCUGAAUGA